CAGCAACUUACGAGUAUAUUUCACAACACAGUUUCCGUUGUGUUUGUGAUCUUAUCCGUACUCUCUUGGGGUUGUGUGUAUGGCUUUAUUACUUUCUAUUGUUUUGCGGCCACCAACGACUACUACAAUUAUGCAAACCCAUCGGUUCGCGCAAAAUUCGGGAAGGACGCUCAUGAACUGUCCUUUUUCUGCAUCUUUACUCACGAAGUGAAGGACGAUAUAACAAUAAUCCAUUGGUCAUCCACUAUAGGUGUUGGGAUAAUAUUUGCUAUGAUGAUAUUCACAUUUGCCGUUAUGGUAAUUUGCGCAAUUAAAAUAUACCGAGCACUGAAGAGAUCUUCCAUGAGUCAAAAAUCGAGGAAGCUGCACACGCGACUGUUGAAGGCACUGAUUAUUCCAGGUGAUUCAUUAAUUCGACAAGUUCUUCCAACCGCUACUUUUUCUCAUGGUUCCUUUCUUCAAAAGCUUCGCUUUAGGCAA